AUGGAUCUACUCAGCAGCUACAAUGUGGAUGACGAUGAGGGUGACGUCGAAGUGAACAAAGAAAUAACGAGCCUUCCAACAAAAUCAUUAGCUCUACAGAUGGCACCAGAUGUUAUGACGAAGAGCUCAAUACUAACAAUACCGAUCGCUGACGUGACAAAAAAAGAACUCAGCUACAAUCCGAAGUUUGAAGAACUUUUUCAACCCGAGGCUGGUCCGUCUAAUCCGUUUAAGUCCGACCGGCAAAGUGCCAAGAAAAAUACGCUAGCAGGAUUUGUUGAACCGGCCCAUAUAAACGAUUUUCAUUUUGAGCGAGAAAUUCGCUCUUUCAACACGCUUGGAUACGCUCGUAAUCCUUCAGCAAAUGCUGGUGGCCAUGAGUUUCUCGGAGAAAAAGCUACUGAAGGCGCUAAAACCGAUGGUGCCUCUUUGUUUGACGGGUCAAAGACUGGGGGCGAGAAACGGAAGCGAGUGUAUAAUUUUGACCCAACUGAUCUCGAGGGAUAUACAGGUCCUUGGGCAAGAUAUGAGAAUCAGGUAACCGUCUCUAAACCCGAUGAAGCACUACAAAAGGAAAUGGACGAAAUUGUCAAGAAAAGACAAAAGAACAGUCGCAAAGGACAGCGCCAAGCUUUGGAAGAACAAGGAAAUGUGGAGGAAACGACAACCUUGCAUCUGAAAGAAGCCAUCGAUUAUCAAGGAAGAUCAUUCCUUCAUGUGCCUACAUUCACCGGUGUCAAUCUUAAAGAGGACUUUGUUCCCGAUCGAUGCUUUAUUCCUAAGAAACAGAUGCACACCUAUAAAGGACACAACAAAGGAAUAAACACACUCAAAUGGUUUCCGAAAAGCGCUCAUCUGUUUUUAUCGUGUUCAAUGGAUACAAAGAUUAAACUAUGGGAAGUUUAUGGGAAACAUCAAGUGGUGCGAACAUACAGUGGACACAGGAUGCCCGUUCGAGAUUUGUGGGAUACGGAGACGGGACAGGUUAAACACAGAUUCACGACUGGACAUCCGCCUGUUUGUUUGAGAUUUCAUCCGGAUGAGGACAAGCGCCAUAUGUUGAUGGGUGGAAUGCAGAAUAAGAAAAUUGUACAAUGGGAUAUUCGAUCAGGAGAAGUUGUACAAGAAUAUGAUCGUCAUCUUGGCCCUAUCAAUUCCAUCACGUUCUUCGACAAAAAUCGGCGUUUUGUUUCUACAUCCGAUGAUAAAUCUCUGCGUAUCUGGGAGUGGGAAAUCCCGGUCGACACAAAGUUGAUUCAAAAUGUUGGAUUGCAAUCGAUUCCAUGCAUGACAAAGAGCCCUACUGACAAGUGGAUUGUUGGACAGUCGAUGGACAACAGAAUCGUGCUCUUCCAACUGAUUGAUGACAAGCUGCGAUUCGCCAAAAAGAAAGCCUUCCGUGGCCACAAUUCAGCCGGCUAUGCUUGCUCGAUUGAUUUUUCACCAGAUAUGAGCUUCCUUGCAAGUGGAGAUGCAGACGGAAAAAUCUUCAUCUGGGACUGGCGCACGCAUAAAAUUGUUGGAAGAUGGAAGGCUCACGCUCAAACAUGUAUCAGUGUUUUAUGGCAUCCACACGAGAAGAGCAAGAUGAUAUCGGCGAGCUGGGACGGUGAUAUUAAGAUAACGCUUUUGAUGCGGAUUACGGCAAGAUCGGCGGGAACCAGCUCAACAAAUAAAUUUGAUCCAAUGGACGGCAAGGUUCAUCUCAAUGUAAAAACCAUUGAAAAUCACAGCCGAGAAGUAGGACGAUUCAAGACGAAUAAACCACCAGUCUAUGUGGGACCGUACGUUCACCCUCUGAAAGUUGGUCCUGAUUUCACUCUACGAGACAAUCGACCUUGCCCGUUCACCUCGAAAGAACAGUUGGAGCAUAAAAAGGAUCAGAUUCGAUUAACGAAAAAAAUUGUUUCACUUUUGGCGCAGAUGGAUGAAAUUGAAAAAGAGAACGAGGGGUCCACGAUAAAGAAACUUGGCAAGGCCACCGAACAAAUGAAUGAACGACCACGCGCAAAAGGAAAUAAACUGAUUAGGGAAACCAUGGCUCUCGAGAUUGAAAAAUCAUUCUCCGGUGUGUCUGGCGGAGAUGCUGAGGAAAAUCUACAAAUUCGUCUGUUUUUUCAAGAGAUAGAAGACCGCGAAUGGAAAGAGGCCAUAAAUACAAUACGGGCUUGUAAGAGUGCCCACUCGAGGCAAAAUAUGCUCCGCGAGCUGUUGGCGAGAUUGCUUCAGCAACAAGAAUGGGAAACGAUUUGUAAAAAGAUCUCUUGGGACGAGUUUUCUGAUGAAGUUAUUUCCCAACUGACGCUGAAAGCCCUCAACCAACCGCCCAACGUGACGCCAAAUUGUUACGAGUUGAUGGUCGCUUUCUACAUAGCUCAAAAGGAUUACGUGCAAGCUUCGAAAACGUUGUAUCAUUGGUCCGAGCAAUUAAAGAGAUUAACACAAGAUCCAACGAUUCUUGCUAAACGGCGGGAUGCUCUGUCUGCCUCGGUGAUGUACUUGAAUAUGAGCAAGCGCGAGGGUUUUCCUUUCACCGAAACCUCGGAUAGUGCAAAGAGUAGCGUAUCAUCUACGUCUGCCGAUGAUGAAGGCAUGGAUGAAACCGAUUCGCAAGGAACAUCAAUGAGUUGGAUAAUCAAGGAAAAGAAAAAGCCCGAAACGACCAAUAUUUCCUACAUUAGCAAGGAGCGGCUUGAACGCGAGUGGGCUUUGAUUGACGGGCGAGUGAUCUAUUGGGAUGAAAAGCAAGCAAUUCCUCCAUCCGAUCCCCAAGAUAUUUUCAAUUUUCUUUUGGAGACUCGUCGCUUCAAUCUCGCAUUAGGAUUUGCAAGACACUUCGACUUUUCGUUGGUUAAAGUUCUUCACGGGCUUGUGGUGGAAACGUUGAAGCUUGAUCAGAACCAUGAAAUAUUGGCCGAAGGUCAAAUGUUUGUGUCAGCAAAGCUAAGCAGUGAUCCCUGGGAAGUGGUCAGAGGGUUGUUGGAUACGAUAAUCAAAGCUCGGUCAGAACUGAUAACAACAUCGUUGCAUUCAAUUGCUGAAGAACUUUUACGGCACAAGGUUCAAUUACCGUAUUGGCUCGACUCUAUGUAUACGGAACAUGAUGUAGGAGCUUAUCUCCAGCUGCUCUCCGAUUUUGGUCGAAACGAAGAUGCGCUGAAAGUCUUAAUUGCCUACACAGAACCAAUGAUGGGAAAAUUGGUGGGCACGGAUGUGCGAGUUUUUCUACCCUAUUGGGCGAUCGAUGUGGUUUUGUUGAGAGCCAAAGAGGAUGCAUCUAAACGCGUUAAAGAGUUGUUUACGAUAGCAGUCCGGUCACUGCAAGCUCUACAAAAACGAGUUCAAAACUUCGAAAUCGCCAAUAAGCAAUCUCAUUUUGCCGGAUCUCGUUUU